CACAGUCGUACUUAAUUAACGAACGACAACAAUGUAAAAGUCAACUAGGCCUAGUGUUAAGUUAAACAUCGGCAAAUAUUUAUUUUAACUUAUUACUUUGGUUAUGAUUUAUUAGGACUAGGCCUAAGUACUUAAAAAAUUUAAAACGAGUUAUCUUUUUAUCUCAUGUCAAUUGUUAGAAUAGGAGAUCCAGUAAAUAAUAUUUUAAAGUAUUAGCUUAGGUAUAACAUUAUUUAUUUCCCAAUAUGUUGAUUGGUAAAGCUACUGGAGUGUGUGUUAGGAAUCUAGGAUGGAAAGCUGGAAUAUUGUCUCCAAGAAUUAUACGUUCCGAAAGGUUUACAGAUACUACACCUUUACCACUUUUCACUCUUCAACAGAGAUACAAGACUACGAGUUCAAAUGAAAAUGAUUCAUGUAAAGAUGAGCCUCAAAAGUCUAGAAAAAUCAGGAAACUAGCAGCCAUAGCUCUUUUUGGAACUACAGUUGCUAUCGUAACUGCAAAGCAUGACAAUGACUUCCGAGAUUGGUCUAAAGAGCAUAUUCCUGCUCUAGACAACAUGGUCAAAAUUAUAUUUCAAGAGGAACAAACAUAUUUAGAAUCUCUUGAUAAAGCUCAUAAGGCUGUCAGUGCUAGGAUAAAAAAUGCUUUAUACUACCUUUUUAAGGAAAACAGUGGAAGUAAACAUGACAACUCCAAUUUUAGAACUCUCGGAGACCAGUCUGGGAAGUUGCCAGCUUUGGAGCCUUGUGAUGCAAAACCUUACAAGCCCCCUGAAUCUGCAUUUCUCCCAAAAAUUGAAAAUGAAAAAACAGAAGACAUUACCAAGUCAGCCCAGGUGCCUAAAGAGCUUCAGGAAAUGCAGCUGCUUGAAGAUAAAUUGAGUAAAACUGCUCAGGACACGAUUCAAAGUUUAGAAACUACAGUUUGUGCUUUAAGAGAUUAUUCAAAGAUGGUUGAAUACUUGGAUCAAAUAAUUAGUUCGAGCAGCACUACAACAUGGGACAAAAUUAGGAGGCUACAGUCCGAUGCGGUGAAGGGAAUGGAGAAAUCUCGAUCUCAACUCCUUAAUUUCAAAGCACUUGAAAAACAAUUGACAGCAAGGUUAAAAGAUGAUACAUACAUAUCUGAUGACAUUAAAGCAAAGGCGCAAAAUAAUGUAAAUACAGUUUCAAAGGAUGUUAAGGAUGCAAUCGCAAAGUUGGAAAAGACAAAAGAAAACACAGUGCUAGCGAGACGUUCAUGGGAUAAAGUCAAAAGAGCAAGGCUCCAUUUCUCGGAAGAACUUGAAAUACUUUUUCCGAAUAUUUGGUUGAAUGAUGAAAAACUGAAUGUACCUGCUGAUCAAUUCGACUCUUUUAUUGAAUAUGUCAUAAGUAUGAUGGCUUUUUGGGGUAAACAGAGUUUGAUUUGCACUAAUGAAGAGCCAGAGAGUAAAGAAAAUUUCAAUUCCCUGAUUGAGGACUACAAAAACAAUAAUCCUGAAGCUAUACAAAAAAUUGCAGAUGAUCUCGCCACCCAUAUGCUAAGAUUUGAGAAGGCAAAAUAUGGAGCAGAAUUGCAGAAAAAUGUACUGGCACACCAGGCCAAGUGUGACCAUGCAGCCAAGACUUUGAUGAAGCAGACCAAGGAAGUGUAUGCAGAUCUCACAGCUGAGGCUCUCAGCAUUAAAGAAAAGGAGGUCGAACGCAAAAUACAACAACAGCUGGAGGAGCGUCUAGCUCAGGCAAGAGCAGAACACAAGAUGGAGGUGGCCAAGAUGGUGGGGCGAAUGCAAGGAGCUAAUGAGGCAAUUGCAAAGAGAGGUGAGAAAGACAAGAGCCAGCAGGAUAAGCAGCAGUUCUGGAGCGCAGCCCAGAGGCUAAUGUCAGCUGUGAAGCCUAUUGGAGCUGCAGCUCAAGGACAGGAGCCAAAACCUCUCAAGAAUGAAAUCACCAACCUCAACAAGGCCAAAUUGGACGGUGACGAGCUGGUAGAGAGUGUGUUGAGCUCCAUCCCCCCUGAUGCAAUCGAGCGAGGAGUGCCAUCCGAAGCACUACUCAGAGAAAGGUUUUUUAAGGUGACGAAAAGUGCAAGGGCAUGGGCAGGUGUGCCUCCAGGAGAAGUGACACUGAUUCAGGUGCUACUAGCCAGAUUUCAGAGUGCUCUCUAUCUGAACAUUGACAUUCCUCAGGCUGAGCUUGAUAAUGAACCUGCUAUUGAUCCUCAAGAACUUAACAACUAUGACAUCCUUUCUAGAGCUAAAUACUAUGUAGACAGAGGAGAGUUUGACCAAGCCAUCCGCUACCUGAACCUGCUACAAGGACCUGCAGGUCUGGUAGCCUCAGACUGGGUCAGGGAUGCUCUCAUGUAUCUAGAGACUAGACAAGCUGCCGAGUUGCUUCUAGCUCACGCCACCACACAGCUCUAAUCACACUGCAUCUGUGUUCACAUUGUUAAAUUUGAAGUUUAAUUUAUUCAAUUGUUUUAUAACAUUUAAAAAAUAAAUAUUAAGUCUUGAAACUUU